AUGGCGGAAAGUUUGGAGCGCAUUGACGUGAAGCUGUCUCCUGCGCCGGACCAAAGGAUUCCGUUGAUGAAAUCAAGAAGAGGACGACGACGAGGGGACACGUGGGUGGUUUCAGUGUUCGUGAUAAUCCAAAUCGGAGUUUUCAUUGCAACCAUGCUUGUCAACGAUUGCUGGACCAAUUCUCACGGAGAUUGCCUCAUCCAAACCCUUGGAAGGUUCUCCUUCCAGCCGCUCCCCGAAAAUCCACUCCUAGGUCCUUCUCAGUCCAAGUUAGAUGAAAUGGGAGCUCUUCGAUGGAGCCUUUUGAUAGAGCAGCACCAAACUUGGCGUCUUUUAACAUUUCCAUUUUUACAUGGUGGACUCUUCCACCUGCUUCUCAAUCUCUGCAGUGUCGUCUACGUGGGAGUUCGCCUAGAGCGCGAAUUUGGACCCAUAAGGAUUGGUACAAUCUAUGCAUUGUCUGCUUUUGUGGGAGCCUUGGUGGCUUCUCUUUUUCUCCAAAACACCCCCGCCGUUGGCGCUUCUGGUGCUUUAUAUGGAUUACUUGGAACAUUGCUCUCCGAGCUUGUUUGGAACUGGAAAUUUCAUACCAAUAAGAUUUCAGCAAUAGCAACAUUAGUCUUUGUCUUUCUGUGCAACUUUGUCCUUGGUUUUCUGCCAUAUGUAGACAAUUUUGCAAGCAUUGGAGGUUUUAUGUCAGGAUUCCUUCUGGGAUCUGUAUUUUUACUCAGCCCUCAACUCCAAUCAGUAGCUCCAAAUAAAGGAGGUCUUAUUGAGUAUGGUGUCAAAAGUUACAUCAAGUUAAAGUUGAAGCAAAAGCUGGACAGACCAGUUCUCAGGAUUGUUUCUCUUAUCCUCUUCGGCCUAUUAUUGGCUGGUUGUUUAGUGGCAGUUCUUCAUGGAAUCAACAUCAACAGUUAUUGCACAUGGUGUCCAUAUGUCGACUGUAUCCCUUUUACAAGCUGGCACUGCAAAGACACAGAAGCCUCUUGUGAGACAAUGGUGAGCAAUGCUCAGCUGACAAUGACCUGUAUCGGGAAUGGCAACUUCAGGGUCUUUCCUUUUACCAACAUUUCUCGGGCAAGGAUGAAUGAUUUGUGCAAUCUGAUAUGCUGA